AUGACGUCUGUGUUUGUGCCGCCUUCAGGUCUGUGUCCCGACUGGGAGACAUGGGACCCCAACCAGCCGGUGGAAAACGCCCGGGAGGCCAUGCAGCAGGCUGACGACUGGCUGGGAGUGCCACAGGUGAUCGCCCCGGAGGAGAUCGUGGACCCCAACGUGGACGAGCACUCGGUCAUGACCUACCUGUCCCAGUUCCCCAAGGCCAAGCUGAAGCCCGGGGCCCCCCUGAGGGCCAAGACCCUGCACCCCAAGCGGGCCAAGGCCUACGGGCCCGGUAUUGAGCCCAGAGGGAACACGGUUCUGAAGCCGGCGGAGUUCCUGGUGGAGACGGUGGAGGCCGGACUGGGGGAGGUCCUGGUCUACGUGGAGGACCCAGAGGGACACACCGAGGAGGCCCGGGUCAUCCCCAACAACGACAAGAGCCGGACCUACUCCGUGGUCUACCUGCCCAAGGUGGAGGGGCUCCACAAGGUGAAGGUUCUGUUCGCUGGGCAGGACAUCAACCAGAGCCCCUUCCUGGUGACCGUCUCCAAGGCCCUGGGCGACCCGACACGGGUCCAGGCCCGCGGGCCGGGGCUGCAGCCCACGGGCAACGUGGCCGGAAAACCCACCUACUUCGACAUCUACACCGCAGGGGCCGGAGCCGGGGACGUGGGCGUGGUCAUCGUGGACUCCGGCGGCCGCCGGGACACGGUGGAGGUGGUCCUGGAGAACCGGGGGGACUCCGUGUUCCGGUGCACCUACGUUCCGGUCCUGGAGGGGCCCCACACCGUCUACCUGACCUUCGCCGGCCAGCAGGUCCCCAGGAGCCCCUUCACCGUCCACAUCUCCGAGGUUUCCCAGGGCGCCCCCCCUCCUCCGGGGUCCCCGGUCCAGAUCGUACCGGUCCGCACCCCCCCCUCCGACCGGACCAGGAGGGCCCCCCCCCCGACUCCUCCCAAGCCCCGGCGACCAACCUGUAACCCGAACGUCUGCCGGGCCGCGGGCCGAGGUCUGCAGCACAAGGGCCUGAGGGUGAAGGAGGUGGCGGACUUUAAGGUGCACACCAAAGGAGCCGGCAGCGGGGAGCUGAAAGUUACCGUGAAGGGACCCAAGGGUCUGGAGGAACCGGUGAAGAUCCUGGAGACGGAGAACGGCGUGUUUGAGUGUAACUAUUACCCCGUCAUGGUGGGGAAGUACGUGGUGAGCAUCGCCUGGGGAGGAAUCGCCAUCCCACGCAGCCCCUUUGAGGUGCAGGUGAGCCAGGAGGCGGGGCCCCAAAAGGUGAGGGCCUGGGGUCCGGGCCUGGAGACCGGCCUGGUGGGGAAGAGCGCCGACUUCGUGGUGGAGGCCAUCGGCACGGAGGUGGGAACUCUGGGUUUCUCCAUCGAGGGUCCGUCCCAGGCCAAGAUCGAGUGCGACGACAAAGGCGACGGGUCGUGUGACGUGAGGUACUGGCCGACGGAGGCGGGCGACUACGCCGUCCACGUCAUCUGCGACGACGAGGACAUCAAGGACAGCCCCUUCAUGGCUCACAUCCUCCCGGCGGCCAGCGACGUCUUUCCUGAGAAGGUGAAGUGCUUCGGUCGAGGUCUGGAGCCCGUGGGCUGCAUCGUCAACAAACCGGCGGACUUCACUGUCGACACCCACGGCGCCGGCAGGGGGGAGCUGAAGCUCUACGCUCAGGACGCCGACGGCUUCCCGAUCGACGUGCAGAUCACGGAUAACGGAGACAGCACCUACUUCUGCGUUUACAUUCCCACCAAACCCAUCAAACACACCAUCAUCGUCACCUGGGGCGAGGUCAACGUUCCCCACAGCCCCUUCAGGGUGACCAUCUGGGAGGGCAGCCAUCCGGAGAACGUGAAGGUGUACGGUCCGGGCGUGGAGAAGUCGGGCCUGAAGGCCAACGAGCCGACCUACUUCACCGUGGACUGCAGCGACGCCGGACAGGGUGACGUCAGCAUCGGGAUCAAGUGCUCGCCCGGCGUGGUGGGACCCGCCGAGGCCGACAUCGACUUCGACAUCAUCAAGAACGACAACGACACCUUCACGGUGAAGUACAUGCCCCCGGGACCCGGCCAGUACACCAUCAUGGUGCUGUUUGCCGACCAGGAAAUCCCCGUCAGCCCCUUCAGAAUAAAGGUGGACCCUUCCCACGAUGCAGCCAAGGUCAGAGCAGAGGGACCUGGACUCAGCAGGACGGGUGUGGAGGUGGGCAAACCCACUCACUUCACCAUUUACACGAAGGGAGCCGGCAAAGCCAAGCCCGAGGUCCAUUUCACCGGAGCAGCCAAAGGCGACGCCGUGCGGGACUUCGAGAUCAUCGACAACCACGACUACUCGUACACGGUCCGCUACACGGCGAUCCAGCAGGGGAACAUGUCCAUCACCGUGUGCCACGGAGGAGACCCCAUCCCCAAGAGCCCGUUCAGCAUCGUGGUGGCCCCCCCACUGGACCUCAGCAAGGUCAAAGUCCAGGGGAUGAACAACAAGGUGGACGUUGGGAAGGACCAGGAGUUCUCUGUCUGCACCCGGACCGCCGGUGGUCAGGGGAACCUGGACGUGAAGAUCUCCUCGCCGUCCCGCCGCCCAAUCCCCUGCAAGCUGGAGUCGGGCGGCCCCGAUGAGCUUCACGCGGUCAAGUACAUCCCCCCCGAGGAGGGGCUGUACCGCGUGGACAUCAGCUACGACGGAAACCCCAUCCCCGGGAGUCCCUUCACCGUGGAGGGCGUGAUGCCCCCCGACCCUUCAAAGGUGCGAGCGUACGGCCCCGGCCUUCAGGGCGGUGUUGUGGGUAAACCCGCCCCCUUCGCCAUCGACACCAAGGGCGCCGGCACCGGCGGCCUGGGCCUGACGGUGGAGGGGCCCUGCGAGGCCAAGAUCGAGUGCCAGGACAACGGCGACGGCUCCUGCUCCGUGUCCUACCUGCCCACCGAGCCCGGCGAGUACGCCAUCAACAUCCUGUUCGCCGAGCAGCACAUCCCCGGCUCGCCCUUCAAGGCGCUGGUCCAGUCGGUGUUCGACCCCGGCAAGGUGACGGCCAGCGGGCCGGGCCUGGAGCGCGGCCGGGUCAACGAGACGGGCUGCUUCACGGUGGACUGCUCCCAGGCCGGCGAGGCCGAGCUCACCAUCCAGAUCAUCUCGGAGGCCGGCACCGAGGUGGAGGUGCACGUGCAGAACAACAGUGACGGGACGUACGCCAUCACCUACAUCCCGCUGAGCCACGGCAUGUACACCGUCACCAUCGACUACGGGGGCCACGCCGUGCCGCAGUUCCCGGCCCGCCUUCAGGUGGAGCCGGCCGUGGAGGUGUACGGCCCGGGGGUGGAGCCCAGAGGCGUCCUGAGGGAGGUGUCCACCCACUUCACCGUGGACUCCAGGGCCCACUACCAGACCGGCGGGAGCCACGUCAAGGUCAGCGUCUCCAACCCGUCGGGCGCCAACACGGACGCCUACGUCUCCGACAAGGGCGACGGCACCUACCGGGUGGAGUACCUGCCCUACGAGGACGGUUUGCACCUGAUUGAAGUUCUCCUGGACGACGUCCCGGUCCCCAAGAGUCCCUUCAGGGUGACGGUGGCCGAGGGUUGUGACCCCAGCCGGGUUUGUGCCUUCGGUCCGGGUCUGGAGGAGGGACUGGUGAACAAGUCCAACCGCUUCACCGUCGAGACCAGAGGUGCAGGCACUGGGGGCCUCGGCCUGGCCAUCGAGGGCCCGUCCGAGGCAAAGAUGUCCUGCAAGGACAACAAAGACGGCAGCUGCAGCGUGGAGUACAUCCCCUUCACUCCCGGAGAGUAUGACGUCAACAUCACCUUCGGAGGUCUUCCUAUCCCAGGAAGCCCGUUCCGUGUCCCGGUGCGAGAGCUGGUGGACCCCAGCAAGGUGAGGUGUUCCGGUCCUGGUCUCGGGGGAGGAGUCCGAGCCCACGUCCCCCAGACCUUCACGGUGGACAGCAGCAAGGCGGGCGUGGCCCCGCUGGAGGUCCUGCUCUACGGGCCGACAGGUCUGGCCGAGCCGGUCAACGUCACCGACAACGGCGACGGCACCCACACGGUCAACUACACCCCCGCCAACGACGGCCCGUACACGGUGUGCGUGAAGUACGCCGACCAGGAGGUUCCUCGCAGCCCUUUCAAGAUCAAAACUCUCCCGGCCCACGAUGCCAGCAAGGUCCGGGCCAGCGGUCCGGGCCUGAACGCCUCCGGGGUCCCGGCCAGCCUCCCGGUGGAGUUCACCAUCGACGCCAGGGACGCCGGGGAGGGACUGCUGGCGGUGCAGAUACUGGAUCCGGACGGCUGCCGGCGCGAGGCCUCGGUGUUUGUGGAGGACUGGGGCAUGAGGGUGUGGGAGUCCCACAUAGUCAAGAAAACCAUCCCCUUCAGUAUUCUGAGGAGAGGCUGCGACCCGGAGGGGAAACCCAAGAAGGCCAACAUCCGAGACAACCGAGACGGCACCUACACGGUGUCCUACGUUCCCGACAUGACGGGCCGCUACACCAUCACCAUCAAGUAUGGCGGAGACGAGAUCCCAUACUCACCCUACCGGAUCCACGCCGUGCCCAGCGGAGAUGCCAGCAAGUGUCUGGUCACAGUGUCGAUCGGUGGACAUGGACUCGGCUCAGGUCUCGGUCCAACCAUCCAGAUCGGAGAGGAGACAGUCAUCACAGUGGACGCAAAGGCUGCUGGGAAAGGUAAAGUCACCUGCAAGGUGUCGACGCCGGACGGGGCGGAGCUGGAUGUGGAUGUCGUGGAGAACGCGGAUGGGACCUUCGAUAUUUACUACACUGCUCCGGAGCCGGGGAAGUACGUGAUCACCAUCCGGUUUGGAGGGGAACACAUUCCCAACAGCCCCUUCCAUGUGGUGGCCUGUGAAAGUGUCCCCAUAGUCGAGGAACCAUGUGACCUCCUUCAAGUGCAGUCCCCGUACUCGCCCUUCGUGGGCGUCGCCCGUCCCUGGGCCACCGAUGAUCCGAUCAGCGCCGUCGACGCCAUGGACCCGACACUGCGUCCCUUCAGUCUGGUGAUUCCCUUCACCGUGCAGAAGGGAGAGAUCACAGGUGAAGUGCGGAUGCCGUCUGGUCGGACAGCUCGUCCUCACAUCACCGACAACAAGGAUGGAACGGUGACGGUGAAGUACUCACCAACUGAACGAGGCCUGCACGAGAUGGACAUCAAGUACGACGGCAACCACAUCCCAGGAAGUCCUCUCCAGUUCUACGUUGAUGCCAUCAACAGUGGUCAUGUGACAGCGUACGGUCCGGGUCUCAGCCACGGCACGGUGAACGCACCGGCUACGUUCACCAUCGUCACCAAAGAUGCCGGAGAAGGUGGUUUGUCUCUGGCCGUUGAGGGUCCGUCCAAAGCAGAAAUCAGCUGUAAAGACAACAAAGACGGGACGUGCACCGUGUCCUACAUGCCCACCGCACCUGGAGACUACAACAUCAUCGUCAAAUUUGAUGACAAGCACAUCCCAGGCAGCCCCUUCACCGCCAAGAUCACCGAUGUUUAUUGUCCAGGUGAUGACUCGGUGAGGACAUCCCAGCUCAACGUUGGCACGGCAACAGACGUUUCCUUAAAGAUCACGGAGACGGACCUGACCAGCCUGACGGCGACGAUCCGAGCGCCUUCAGGCCACGAGGAGCCCUGCUUGCUCAAGAGGCUGCCCAACAGACACAUCGGAAUCUCCUUCACACCAAAGGAAGUCGGCGAACACGUGGUGAGCGUGAAGAAAAGUGGGAAGCAUGUGACCAACAGUCCGUUCAAGAUCAUGGUGGGUCAGUCGGAGAUCGGAGACGCCAGCAAGGUGAAGGUUUACGGCCAGGGGCUGGUGGAGGGACACACCUUCGAGGUGUCCGAGUUCAUCGUGGACACCAGGAACGCAGGUUACGGAGGUCUGGGUCUGUCCAUCGAGGGUCCCAGUAAGGUGGACAUUAACUGUGAGGACGUGGAUGACGGGACGUGCAAAGUCACCUACUGCCCAACGGAACCUGGAAACUACAUCAUCAACAUCAAAUUUGCCGACCAACACAUUCCAGGAAGUCCGUUCACCGUGAAGAUAUUCGGCGAGGGUCGGAUGAAGGAGAGCAUCACCAGGAAACGCCAAGCCCCCUCCAUCGCCACGGUGGGCAGCACCUGCGACCUCAACCUGAAGAUCCCAGGGAACUGGUUUCAGAUGGUCUCGGCUCAGGAGCGCGUGACCCGGACCUUCACCCGCAGCAGCCACACCUACACCCGGACCGAGCGGACCGAGAUCAGCAAGACCCGGGCCGGCGAGACCAAGAGGGAGGUCCGGGUGGAGGAGAGCACCCAGGUCGGAGGAGACCCCUUCAGGGACGUGUUCGGAGACUUUCUGGGCCGAGAAAGUCUGAGCGGCUUCAGCGGGCCGCCGCUGCAGGACGGUGAGGCCGGGAACCAGGAGAUGACGGCUCAGGUGACGAGUCCCGGAGGGAAGACGGACGACGCAGAGAUCAUCAAAGGGGAGGACAGCACCUACAGCGUCCGCUUCAUCCCCCAGGAGAUGGGCCCCCACACGGUCAGCGUCAAGUACCGGGGCCAGCACGUUCCCGGGAGCCCCUUCCAGUUCACCGUGGGGCCCCUGGGGGAGGGAGGAGCCCACAAGGUCCGGGCCGGAGGAACCGGGCUGGACCGGGGGGUGGCAGGAAUCCCAGCUGAGUUCAGUAUCUGGACCAGAGAAGCUGGAGCUGGAGGUCUGUCCAUCGCCGUCGAGGGGCCGAGCAAAGCCGAGAUCACCUUUGAAGACCGGAAGGACGGUUCCUGCGGGGUCGCCUAUGUGGUCCAGGAGCCCGGUGAUUACGAGGUUUCUAUUAAAUUUAACGAUGAACACAUCCCAGACUCUCCGUUUCUCGUCCCCGUCGCCACUCUGUCGGAUGAUUCUCGCCGCCUCACCAUCACCAGCUUACAGGAGAUGGGUCUGAAGGUUGGGCAGGAGGCCUCCUUCGCCGUGCAGUUCAACGGGGCGCGAGGCCUGAUCGAUGCCAAGAUUCACUCGCCAUCAGGGGCCAUGGAGGAGUGUUACAUCACCGAGCUGGACACCGACCAACACGCCAUCAGGUUCAUCCCGAAGGAGAACGGCGUCCACUCCAUAGACGUCCGCUUCAACGGCAGCCACGUCCCCGGCAGUCCCUUCAAAAUCCGAGUGGGAGAGCCGGGACAGGUGGGAGACCCAGGACUGGUGUCGGCCUUCGGACCGGGCCUGGAGGGAGGAACCACAGGCGUGGCGUCGGAGUUUAUCGUCAACACGUGUAACGCCGGCGCCGGCGCUCUGUCGGUGACGAUCGACGGACCGUCCAAGGUGAAGAUGGACUGCCAGGAGAGUCCAGAGGGCUACACGGUCUCCUACACCCCCCUGGCUCCCGGGAACUACCUGAUCUCCAUCAAGUAUGGAGGACCCCAACACAUCGUGGGCAGCCCCUUCAAAGCCAAAGUCUCAGGACCUCGUUUAUCUGGCGGACACAAUCUUCACGAGACGUCGUCCGUUCUGGUGGAAACCGUCACCAAGACCUCGGCGAUGGCCGGCGCCUUCGCCUCCCUGCCCAAGUUCUCGUCGGACGCCAGCAAGGUGCUGCCCCGCGGGGCUGGGCUGUCGAAGGCCUUCAUCGGCCAGAAGAACACCUUCACGGUGGACUGCAGCAACGCAGGAACCAACAUGCUGAUGGUGGGGGUCCACGGGCCCCGGGCGCCCUGCGAGGAGGUCUACGUCAAGCACAUGGGCAACCGCAUGUACAACGUCACCUACACCGUCAAGGAGCAGGGCAGCUACAUCCUGAUCGUCAAGUGGGGGGACGAGCACGUCCCGGGGAGCCCCUUCCACGUCACCGUCCCCUGAGACCGGACUCUAGUCCCCCUCCCCACCCCCACCACCACUCCACCUCCUCCUCCAUGCACUGAAGACUUUCACUUCCUGUUCUGGGAGAGUUUUUUCCCACUUUGUGCCAAAGUUUCCCGUGUUUUUCUGAUUUCUUGCGCUAGCUAGCCGUUUCCAUGGCGACGACGUCCCGUUCAUUUUAUAUCCGACACACAAAGCAGGAGAUUAUAUCGUCGGCAGGAACGAGUUCCGUCUUGUAUCGUAUUUUCCAUUUUUAUCCAGUAAAUGUUUCAUGUGCUCAAGUAAAAUAAUCCACCUUUGGUUCGCCGCGCUCUUAUUUUGAAAGGUCGUAGAACUGCCUGUAGAGACGGAUCUGAUCGUCGUCUUCCACUCGUCCGAUUUCCAGGUUAUACAGGUGACAUUUUUAUUUUUAUUCUUUAUUUCAUUUAUUAAAAGAAAAACAAAACAGUUCAAUAUAAUUACAACAAAUCUCUUUCCUUGAAUGAAAGGGAACAGAAAGAAGCUUAUUUUAUCUGUCCCUUUUUCCUAAGAAAUCAAAUUUCAAUUAAUGUAAUAAUAAAAAAACAAAAACAAAUUACGCAAUUAAAAAAAAAAAACACUUUCCAAAUACCCUAAAUAUUCCACGUACCAGUAGGCCCCGCCCCCUCGAACACAGCUGAGCCAAUGGCUGUUGAGCAUCAGUUCCACAGGGACCAGAACUCGGACAUCUGUAGUUUCCAGGUCCAGAGGAAACAGAACCUCCUGAAAUCUCGUCUGUUUUAACGCUUUUAAACCAAAAC